CCCUUGAAAAAGGAAAUGGCCAAAAAAUACGAGGGACCUGCAAUUGGAAUCGACCUUGGCACAACAUAUUCAUGUGUAGCAGUUUGGGAUAGUCAAAUUAAUCGGGCUGAGAUCAUCCACAAUGAGCAAGGGAACAGAAUCACACCUUCUUGUGUUGCUUUCACUGACGCACAAAGGUUGAUUGGUGAUGCUGCCAAAAACCAGGCUUCCUCUAACCCAUCCAAUACUGUCUUUGAUGUAAAAAGGUUGAUUGGAAGGAAUUAUAGUGAUCCAAUAAUUCAGAAUGAUCUAAAUAUGUGGCCCUUUAAGGUAAUUGCUGGUCGUGAUGACAAACCCAUGAUUGUUGUGAAAUACAAGGGUGAACAAAAGCAACUUUUUCCUGAGGAAAUAUCGUCUAUGGUCCUGACAAAGAUGCGAGAGAUUGCUGAGGCAUAUCUGGAAUCAUCUGUCAAGAAUGCAGUCAUUACUGUGCCCGCUUAUUUCAAUGAUUCUCAGCGUAAAUCCACCAAAGAUGCUGGUGCCAUUGCCGGCCUUAAUGUAAUUCGGAUAAUCAAUGAACCAACUGCUGCAGCUUUUGCGUAUGGACUUCAAAAGAGAGGUAACUGUGUUAAAGAGAGAAACAUUUUCGUAUUUGAUCUUGGUGGUGGUACAUUCGACGUGUCUAUACUCAAAAUUAAAGGUGAAGUCUUUGAAGUUAAAGCCACUGCCGGAGACACACACCUUGGAGGAGAGGACUUUGAUAACAGAAUGGUGGAAUAUUUUGUAGAGGAAAUCAAGAGGAAGAACAAGGUAGACAUUAGCGGGAACGCUAAGAGUCUUAGAAGGUUAAGAACCUCUUGCGAAAGAGCAAAAAGAACACUCUCAUUUGCAGUUGAUACCACAAUUGAGGUAGAUGGUUUAUUUGAAAACUUCGAUUUUUGUUCAUUGAUAACUCGUGCGAGGUUUGAGGAACUCAAUAUGGACCUCUUUAUGAAGUGUGUGGAGACGGUGAAUACGUGUCUUAAAGAUUCAAAUAUGGAUAAGAGCAAUAUAGAUGAUGUUGUCCUUGUUGGUGGCUCCUCUAGGAUUCCAAAGGUGCAGCAACUAUUACAGGACAUUUUUAAGGCGAAGGAACUGUGUAAGAGCAUCAACGCUGAUGAGGCUGUUGCUUAUGGAGCAGCAGUCCAGGCUGCAUUGUUGUGUAAGGGUGUUUCUCCAAACUUGGUGAUAUUAGAUGUUACACCACUUUCACUUGGAAUAUUAAUAAAUGGAGAUCUGAUGAGUGUUGUGAUUCCUAAGAACACUACCAUUCCUGUAAAGAAGACAGAAGAUUUUGAAAAAAGUGAAGACAACCAAUCCUCUAUCCCGAUUAAGGUUUGUGAGGGUGAAAGGACAAGGGCUAGUGAUAACAACUUGUUGGGUUUGUUUUAUCUUGAUUGCAACCCUUCUAAUCCUCGAGGCCAUUCUUUGAAUGUUUGUUUUGACAUAGAUGCUGAUGGUAUCUUAAUUGUAUCUGCUGAGGAAGAAUGUACUGGAAAUAAGAAAGAGAUUACUAUAGCAAAUAAUACGCGGAGAUUGUCACCUGAGCAGAUUAUGCGAAUGAUUCGAGAAGCCGAGAAGUACAAGGCCGAAGAUGAAGAGUACCAGAAGAAAGUUAAUGCAGUGAAUGCUUUGGAUGAUUAUGUUUACAAGAUAAACAAGGCUUUGAAGAAUAUUGAUAGAAGUGCAAAGCUUUGUCCUGAAGAAAAAAUGAAGAUCAAUUUGGAAUGUUCAAAGGCAAAAGAUAUACUUGAUUCAAUCAAAGAGAAGGAGACAGCGGUGUUCGUGAAUUGUUUGAAUAAGUUGAAGAGUGUGGUAAAGCCCAUUCUCCAGAUUGACUAG